AUGGAGGGAAAACCCAUGUUUCUCCAUGGAACUCUUGAAGCUACAAUCUGCCAUGCCACCCCUUACAAACCAUCCCUGCGAUUCCGGUGCAUAGCAAAGGCAAGGCCGGCUUAUGUAACAAUCAAGAUUGGUAACAAAAAGGUAGCAGAAACAACUCAUGAACAAGAUCGUAUCUGGAACCAGACAUUCCAGAUUCUUUGUGCUCAUUCAUGCAACUCAAUCAUCACCAUUACCCUCAAGACAAGGCGAAAAACAUUGGGAAAAAUCAAAAUUCAGGCUGAUCAGCUUCUGAAUGGAACAAGUUUGAUCAACGGUUUCUUUCCGCUUUCCAGGGAAAAUGGUAAGGCAAAUAAGAAACUUAAGUUACAGUACAUCUUGUGGUUCAAACCAGCAGAAUAUGAGCCAAGUUGGGAGAAAGUACUGGCCAGUGACACAUUCCAGGGUCUCAAGAAUGCUACAUUCCCUCAAAGAUCAAAUUGUGAUGUGAAGCUAUAUCAAGAUGCUCAUCAAAGUGCUACAUUUCUACCACCAUUUUCGGUUUCCCAGACGCCUAAGAAACUGUGGGAGGAUGUGUACAAAGCCAUUGAAGGUGCAAAGCAUUUGAUUUACAUUGCAGGAUGGUCUUUUAAUCCUAGGAUUGUACUGGUUCGAGAUCCGAAUACUGACAUUCCACACGCCAGGGGUGUGAAGCUUGGCGACCUGUUGAAGCGCAAAGCGGAGGAAGGAGUUGCAGUAAGGCUUUUGAUCUGGAACGACGAAACAUCCUUACCAGGAAUUAAGAAUCAAGGGAUGAUGAGAACACACGAUGAAGAUUGCUCAGCGUAUUUUAAACACACCAAAGUAGUCUGCAAACUAUGUCCAAGAUUGCACGACAAAUUUCCUACGGCCUUCUCACAUCAUCAGAAAACUAUAACUGUGGACACUCGGGUGCAGCAAACUUUAAGUGGCCGAGAAAUCAUGAGCUUCCUUGGCGGUUUGGAUCUCUGUGAUGGGCGAUAUGACACACAAGAUCACUCACUCUUUCAAACACUAAAUACUGAAUCACAUUGCUUUGAUUUCUAUCAAACAAGCAUAUCUGGGGCUAGCCUCCAUAAAGGAGGGCCAAGAGAGCCAUGGCAUGAUACCCAUGCUUGCAUCACAGGGCAAGCUGCUUGGGAUGUUCUAACCAAUUUUGAGCAAAGAUGGUCAAAACAGUUUGAUCCAUCUCUAUUAGUCCCCAUUAGCACCAUUUCGGAACUUUCGCAGCAGCAUCAUACCAGCAUUUCCUCAUCCAGGGAUUGGAAUGUUCAGGUUUUUCGAUCAGUAGACCAUGUUUCAGUAACCACUUUGCCAAAGAACACUUCCACUGAGCAAAGCAUCCACGAAGCUUAUGUACAAGCAAUAAGGCGGGCAGACAAAUUCAUAUACAUCGAAAAUCAAUACUUCAUUGGGGGAUGUCACAUGUGGGAGGAAAAUCAACACAGCGGCUGCAGAAAUAUAAUUCCAAUUGAGAUUGCACUAAAAGUUGCAAGUAAAAUAAGGGCCAAAGAGCGUUUUGCAGUGUAUAUAGUAAUACCAAUGUGGCCAGAGGGUGUUCCGGAGAGUGAAGCAGUUCAUGAUAUUUUACACUGGCUAAGGGAAACAAUGAAGAUGAUGUACAGGUUGAUAGGCGAAGCAAUAAAAGAAAGCGGUGAUCCAGGGCAUCCAAGAGAUUACCUGAACUUCUUCUGCCUUGCUAACAGGGAAAAAGAAGUCCAAGGAGAAUUUGUUCCUCCGUAUUCCCCUCAUCCCGGAACAGAUUAUUGGAACUCACAAAAACAUCGAAGGUUCAUGAUUUACGUGCAUUCCAAGCUUAUGAUAGUCGACGAUGCGUACCUGUUAAUAGGAUCUGCAAAUGUGAACCAAAGAUCCAUGGAUGGAAAACGAGACACGGAGAUUGCAAUAGGAUGCUUUCAGUCCAAAAGGGGUGAAGAACGGACAGACCGCGAAGAAAUUCAUGCAUUCAGGAUGUCAUUGUGGUAUGAACACACAGGAAAAGUAGAAGCUGUAUUCAAUGACCCUCAUUCGCUAGAAUGUGUGGACAAAUUCAGAUCAACUGGAGACAAAAUGUGGGAAAUUUACUGUGGGGAAGAAGUAGCGGACAUGAAAGGUGGGCACUUGGUCACUUACCCUAUAAGCAUAAGCCCUGAAGGUCAUGUCCAGGACAUUGCAGAUGGCAAUGGUCAUUUUCCAGAUACAAGAACACCAGUUAAGGGCAAAAGAACAAAAGUUCUUGCUCCGAUAUUCACUACAUAA